GGGGUCAAAGUUCGACAAAUUUAAUGUCAAGGUCAUCAGGUUUGCAGCCAUUGACGAAGACAAUUCUACCGGUAGGCUUGAUUUCUACCCAAGCAAAUAAAGAUGACAGACUCAAAAUACUUCACAACCACCAAAAAGGGUGAAAUAUUUGAAUUAAAAGCUGAGUUAAACAGUGAUAAGAAAGAGAAGAAGAAAGAAGCUGUAAAGAAGGUGAUAGCUUCUAUGACAGUUGGUAAAGAUGUCAGUGCUCUGUUUCCUGAUGUUGUCAACUGUAUGCAAACUGAUAAUUUGGAACUAAAGAAGUUGGUUUAUCUUUAUCUUAUGAAUUAUGCUAAAAGUCAACCUGAUAUGGCUAUCAUGGCUGUAAAUACAUUUGUCAAGGAUUGUGAAGAUGCCAAUCCGUUAAUUCGAGCUUUAGCUGUUAGAACUAUGGGUUGUAUCAGAGUUGAUAAAAUUACAGAAUAUUUAUGUGAACCUCUACGUAAAUGUUUGAAAGAUGAAGAUCCAUAUGUACGUAAAACAGCAGCUGUUUGUGUAGCCAAGUUGCACGAUAUUAACUCGCAAUUAGUAGAGGAUCAAGGUUUCUUAGACGCCUUAAGAGAUUUACUCUCAGAUUCUAAUCCUAUGGUUGUGGCUAAUGCUGUAGCAGCUAUAUCUGAGAUAUUAGAUACAUCUCCCACAGCUCAACAAGUUCUAGAGAUGAAUUCAAUUACCAUCAAUAAACUAUUGACAGCCUUGAAUGAAUGUACUGAAUGGGGUCAAGUGUUUAUUCUGGAUUCCAUAUCUAACUAUACACCUAAAGAUGAUAAAGAGGCUCAGAGUAUCAGUGAAAGAGUAACACCUAGAUUAGCUCAUGCUAAUGCUGCUGUAGUACUUUCAGCUAUUAAGGUUGUAAUGAAAUAUAUGGAAAUGCUGGAUCCUACAAGUGAAUAUGUUACAAUGUUAGUCAAGAAAUUAGCUCCACCAUUGGUCACACUGCUUUCUGCAGAACCAGAGAUUCAAUAUGUCGCUUUAAGAAAUAUCAACUUAAUCGUCCAGAAGAGAUCUGAUAUAUUAAAGAAUGAAAUGAAAGUAUUUUUUGUGAAGUAUAAUGAUCCAAUCUAUGUUAAAUUAGAGAAACUAGAUAUUAUGAUUAGAUUAACAAAUCAGUCUAAUAUAGCACAAGUACUAGCUGAACUUAAGGAAUACGCUACAGAAGUAGAUGUAGAUUUUGUAAGGAAAUCUGUGAGAGCUAUCGGACGUUGUGCUAUAAAAGUUGAACAAGCAGCUGAGAGAUGUGUUAGUACAUUGUUAGAUUUGAUACAGACAAAGGUUAAUUAUGUUGUACAAGAAGCUAUUGUUGUUAUUAAGGACAUUUUCCGUAAAUAUCCCAAUAAAUACGAAAGUAUUAUUGCAACAUUGUGUGAAAAUUUGGAUACAUUAGAUGAACCAGAAGCCAGAGCAUCUAUGAUCUGGAUUAUUGGGGAAUAUGCAGAACGUAUUGAUAAUGCUGAUGAAUUGCUAGAAAGUUUCUUAGAGGGAUUCCAGGAUGAAAAUGCUCAGGUACAGCUACAGUUAUUAACAGCUAUAGUAAAACUAUUUCUCAAGAGACCUACAAAUACUCAAGAAUUGGUACAACAAGUUCUUAGUUUAUCAACACAGGACAGUGAUAAUCCUGACUUACGUGAUAGAGGUUAUAUUUACUGGCGUCUGCUCUCAACGGAUCCAGCUGCCGCCAAAGAUGUGGUACUGGCAGAAAAACCAUUGAUAUCAGAAGAAACAGAUUUAAUUGAACCAACUCUAUUAGAUGAAUUAAUUUGUCAUAUAUCUAGUUUGGCGUCUGUUUAUCACAGACCACCAAAUAACUUUGUGGAAGGCCGCGCCAGUUUGCGAAGAUCUCUUCCACCAAGAUCAGCCUCUGGUGUUAUUUUCAGUGGUAAUGUUGGAGAAGAAGUGCCAGCUGAAGUUUUACAGAUGCAAUCAAGUACACCUCAAGCUACAGUUAUACCUGGUGCGGAUUCAUUGAUUGGUGAUUUAUUAGAUAUGGAUCUGGGUGGUCCAUCAGCUUAUCAACAAAAUCAAAUGUUUCAAACGCCCUCAUCUCAACCUGUACAGACUACUGCAGGGAUAGAUUUAUUAGGAGAAGGUUUAGAUAGUCUGCUUGGUGGAGGAUCAACAGCAGGUGAUGCUUUAGGUGGAUUAGGUGAUAUAUUUGGUGGCGCCCAGUCAUCAUCAUAUGUACCCCCACAAGAAGUUUUCUUACCAGCCAGUAAAGGAAAAGGUUUAGAAAUCAGUGGAACAUUUGCCAGAAGAAAUAAUCAAGUAUUUAUGGAACUUACAUUUACAAAUAGAGCUAUGCAGGCUAUGGCAGAUUUUGGUAUACAAUUUAAUAAAAACAGUUUUGGUUUAGCACCUUCCUCACCUCUAAGUAUACAGAGUCCAUUACCGCCUAAUCAAAGUGCUAGUACGUCUUUACCAUUAUCAACCACUGGUGCAGUACAAAAAAUGGAACCAUUAAUGGCAUUACAGGCGGCCGUAAAGAACAAUAUUGGUGUAUUUUAUUUUAGUUGUACAGCACCAUUACAUGUUUUAUUUACUGAAGAUGGUGAAAUGGAUAAAAAAGACUUUUUAUCAACAUGGAAAGAAAUCCCAUCACAAAAUGAAGAACAAUAUACUAUUUCUAAUGUACAACAUAGUGCAGAUACUGUAUCCCAGAAAUUAAGAAAUAGUAAUAUAUUUACAAUCGCUAAACGUAAUGUAGAGGGACAAGAUAUGUUGUACCAAUCAUUGAAGUUAACCAACGGAAUUAAAGUAUUAGCAGAACUGAAAAUACAACCCGGAAAUUCUAAUUUUGUGUUGUCACUGAAGUGUCGAGCCUUGGAUAUCUACUCUGGAGUGCAGUUAGCCUAUGAUACGAUAUUACAUAAUUAAAAUAUGACAACUUAUACAUAACUGAAGACAUGAUUAAUUUCACUUGGGUCUCUUAAAUAUAGAUAAUUAAUUAUACAUGUAUUACUACAUAGUUUAAAAACAGCAAUUCAUUCAUUUUUAAACAGUGUGAAUUAACAGCUAAAUCUUAAUGUCUUAGCUCUAUAUGUUAUAAUGGAUGUUAUCUUAGAUUCAGAUGUUGUGGCAUUUUAAGUUGGGGACAUAGAAGAAAUUUAUUAUUUUUAUUGUCACUGAUUGUGUGUCGGACUUGCAGUAGGUGUUAAAUAAUUUUAUGACUUUGAUUGUUGUAAAUUCAAAAUCUAGAUUAGUUAUGUGGAAAACAAAUUCUGUUAUUAUUUGUGAAUAUCCACUAUUUUGAAUCUAAAGAAUUUAUACCCUCCAGCAAAUUGCAGUUUCAGAUAUCUGAAUUCUGAUUUGAAAUUGG